CUCGAAUUCUUGUUGUGCUUGCUGUUGUUGCUUCAGCUGUUGCGCCGCCGCGGCUUCCUCUGCGAUGCGCUGUUUCUCAGCUUUCGCGCGUUUCUUGGCUUCUUUUUCUGCUUUUCGCUGGGCGUCUAGUGCUGCAUCUUCGUCAUCGUCUGCCCACCGGGAUUUGGGUUUGGUGCUCAUUGUGGUGGUUUAUGGUUGGGGGGUGGUGUUGAGGUGUUUUGUCGAGGCUGAGCUUGGGACAGGCGUCAUGGCUUGAAAUAUUUUGGUGAACCUCGGGAUUAGUUUGCGACAAGGUUUCUGUCUUGACAACCACAUUGUGUACUUCACUCAUAUUGGAAAAUGCGAAGGUAACGAUAGGAUUUGACGAUUAUGAAGUCAAUUGUUGCAAGUCAAGCUCGAAAUGCUUUGCGCAAUGCUGCGCGGGGAAAAUACAGAGCUCCUUGUUCAGCAAUAAGGUGGUCAUCGUCAGAAACAGAAGCACGACAAUGGUCAACGCCACUAGCAAAACAGCUUUCUGAAGCUAUCACAGUACCAAUUCUCCCUCCUAAACCUCCAAAAACACCGUCUAAUAUAAUUCAUAGGCAACAGGACCAAUUCCUCUAGCAUCAUUCAUGCGAAUGUGUUUAACCUCCGACGUAGGCGGAUACUAUACCUCCAAACAGGAAGGCAGAGAUCAAUUUGGACAGAAAGGGGAUUUCAUCACCUCCCCUGAGAUCUCACAGAUUUUCGGAGAGCUGAUCGGGAUUUGGUUUGUGGCGGAAUGGAUGGCACAAGGGAAGAAGAGGAAGGGAGUGGAGUUUAUUGAAAUUGGUCCUGGGAGGGGCACCUUGAUGGAUGACAUGUUGAGAGUAUGUCUAGAUUGUUCACAAAGGGCAUUGUAUGGAAAAGUGCUGAUAGGUUUAUAUAGACAAUACGAAAUUUCCAACCUAUGGUUGUCGCUAUUGAAGCUGUUUAUAUGGUGGAAGCCAGUCCUGCUCUGAGAGAAAGUCAGAAACAGUUACUAUGUGGGGAUAAAGAGAUGGUUGAGACGGAAAUUGGUUGGAGGUGUAUUAGUAAAUAUGCUGAUAUACCGAUUAUAUGGACGGAAAACAUUCGUUUCGUACCUUCUGGUAAGUUUUCAUCCCACCUAAAUGGUAUUUAUUACUUACGCACCAUAGAUCAUGAUAAAACUCCAUUCAUCGUGGCUCAUGAAUUCUUCGAUGCUCUACCAAUACAUGCAUUCCAAUCCAUCCCACCACCCCCUCAAGAACCAACAACCAUCAAAACACCCACCGGUUCCUACGAACUGACUCCCGACGCAGCAGCCAUCCAAGCAAAAAAGACUCCUGGCCCUCAAUGGCGAGAAAUGGUCGUCUCCGCCACACCACAAACUUACAGCUCCAAACAAUCACCCGACGAAUUCCACCUCACCCUCUCUCCAGCCCCCACCCCGCACUCACUCUACCUCCCCUCCCUCUCCCCACGCUACAAAACCCUCCUUCCAACCCCGGGCUCCCUCAUAGAAAUCUCCCCGGAAUCACUCACCUACACCGGCGCCAUCGCCACCCUCAUCGGCGGCUCUUCAGAACACCCAAAAAAGACCCCCUCCGGCGCAGCCCUCAUCCUCGACUACGGACCCUCAGCCACCAUCCCCAUCAACUCCCUGCGCGGAAUCCGGGACCACCAGUACGUAUCUCCCUUCUCCGCGCCGGGGCUCGUGGAUCUCAGCGCCGAUGUGGAUUUCACGGGCCUGGCGGAGGCGGCUUUGAUGGCUAGUCCUGGAGUCGAAGUCCAUGGGCCUGUUGAGCAGGCGGGGUUCCUUUCUGCGAUGGGGAUUAGAGAGAGGGCGGAGAUGUUAGUCAAGGGGUUGGAAAAAAGUAAGUGGGUUGCUGGGAAAGGAGGGAAGGAUGAGGGGGUGGAUAAGAGGAUACGGGAGGUGCAGGGGGCGUGGAGGAGGUUGGUUGAUAGAGGGGGCAGUGGAAUGGGGAAGGUGUAUAAGGCGCUUGCGAUUGUGCCUGAGAGUGGGGGGAGGAAACCUGUUGGGUUUGGGGGGGAUGUUGUGUAG